CGUCAAGCCGGAGCCGCGGGAGGAGGCGGGAGCCGGGGAGUCGCAGAGGGGGCGGGUCGGCGUCGGGCGCCACGUCCGCAGCCGGAGGCCGCUGCCGCCGUCAACGGAGUCUUCUGGCUCCACAGCUUCAGAAGGCGUCUCGGGAGCCCGCAGCCGCCCGGGGCUGUGCCAGCAGCUCAGGCCGCCUCGGCUCUUCUCGGCUCUGCCCGCUUCCCCUGCCGGCCCCGGCCUCGGGCGGCGGCCCCCGAUCGUGGCGAUCAUGAAUCAGGCAGAUAAAAAUCAACAAGAAGUCCCGUCUUACCUUAGUGAUGAACCACCGGAAGGCUCAAUGAAAGACCACCCACAGCAGCAGCCUGGCAUGUUGUCCCGUGUGACCGGGGGUAUCUUCAGUGUUACAAAGGGAGCUGUUGGUGCCACCAUCGGUGGCGUGGCUUGGAUUGGUGGGAAGAGCCUGGAGGUGACCAAAACAGCUGUUACAACUGUGCCUUCCAUGGGAAUAGGGCUGGUGAAAGGCGGCGUGUCCGCUGUGGCUGGAGGGGUUACGGCCGUCGGAUCCGCCGUGGUCAACAAAGUGCCCUUAACAGGAAAGAAGAAAGACAAGUCUGACUAAGACACGGAGACCCGCUCGCUCUCCACAGCAUUAUGAUGCCAGUGGCAUUGAAUUGCUCAAUUAUGGACCACAACUUAAGUCAACUGUCUUUUGGACAUUUAUCUUCUUAAACUGCUGUGUUGAAAGUAUUGAUGACUGGCUUUCGUCUAAAAAGAAGAGACCAAUACUAGCACAGUGUAUGAAGGUUUCUCGUACUUAAAUUCCAGCUUUUUCUCUGGCAAAAUGUUACACUUAUUCAGCUGUAACUGAAGAUAUAUUUGAAUAUUUACUAUGUCUCUCAGUUUAACUAAAAAUGUGAAAGUGGAAUUUAGUGGACGGUCUUUACAGUUCCGUGUGUAUAACGUGCCAGGCGACUCAUCUGCCCCUUAGAAAGGGAAACUUCGACCUACAUAAACUGUACUUUUGAUGUGCCUAAUAGUUUCAGAUGUCUUAGUUUUUUUUUUUAAAUAAUCAUAGUUGAUUAGGCCAAGAAGCAUUCUUAUUUAAGCUGGUAAAAGUAGCAGGAUUUAGAGAAAUUUAAAAGGAAAGAUAAAUGGUUUUCUGAUCCUGAGUGUUAACCAUCUUUUGUUAGACAUGCAUUCUAUUAAUUGAAUCAUCCAUGCCUUACAUAACAUCUUUUCUAAUACCCCAAAUAUGUGCUGUUCUUAGAAUUAUAUAUGGAUUCUCAUACAAGCUGUUUAUGGAAUUAGUUUUCCCUCUCUAAGAACCUCAGGAGUGGUGGAUAAAGGCAUUUCUUGCUCUUAGCAGAGGAGAGAGUGCUUAUGAACUUUCCGUUAACUGCUGGUAGUUACGACCACAUGCUGUGCUCCAGCUGGGGCUCGGGCACCUCAGGGCGAAGGCCUCACAGUGCCCGAGGGCCGUUUGCUGGCCCAAAGGUAUGUUGGGAGGGUUUCAGAUUAAGGAGGAACAAAUAAAUUUAAGCUCUUAAAAAUUACCUAGAAUGUCCAAGAUAUAAACAGAAUUCUUCCCACCUAUUUUAUUAUUUUAUCUCUAGGAUGGCUUAAAUUAUUAGCAGUACUUCUGUUUAAAAACAUAGUAAAAGAACCACAAAUAAGUGGGGUUGACUUUUAAAUGGAAUGGAAUGGGCUCCAUAGAUUAGUUGUGAAUCGUGCUUCCGUGGUUUAUAGGCUUGUAAAAUGUUACCUAACUGUCCUUCAAAGCAGCUGUAGGCUUUGUAUCAUUUUCCAAGUCAACCUCAGGCAGGGAGCUGAAGUUUCUGAUUAUGAACGGUGUGUAUCAUCCUUUAACAUAGCUCAUCGUAUCUCCUUCAUUUGCAAGAACAUGACUUAGCUGAAAUUCACCUUUUUGGUUUUCAUUUCAUAAAAAUUUAAAGUGUAUACAUUGUCAGCAUUCCUUAUAAUCCAAGCCUGAAAAAAAAUCAGUUUUCUUUAUUGACACUUCUGUCCAGAAACCCCGCCUCCAUUCUUCAGGGUUCCCGCCCCCACGCCUCCCAAGGGAGGGGAGGGAAGGUGUCCUGCUCUGGAGUACGGAAGCCAGGAAGCAUCGCUGAGAACUCCAAGCAGGUGACUCCAGCACAAGGCUUAAAUGUUUGUUCGUAAAUGACUCAGAGUUUUACAUUAAUAAUGUGGAUUAAGAAACAGAUAAGGACGUAACUUGUAAAAGCUUUCAUAAAUACCAGGAGGGGUUUUUAGAAAAUCUACAAAGAUUCUUGAACCUUUUCUACAGUUACACAAAACUGAAGUCUUUAAGGAGUUUACUAUAUCAGAAAUUAAAUGGCCAUUUCACGCUGUAUUAUUUAAGGUAUACUUACUUGAGCUGGUGUAUCUGGUCAGAUACCAUAAUUAGAAAAGGGUUUUGAAAAGAAAAUCCAAAAUUAAUAGAUGACCACAAAUAAUGAUCUAAAUAAAGGUAGUAGAAAACGUGUUUCCUGCUAUUUGAAAAGAAUUGUUGCUAGUUUAUAUUUCUAAUUUAUCUUUAGUCAUAGGCUCUGCUGUGCUCUGUACCUGAAUUUCUCAAUUUAAACUUUAAUUUACUGUGUGCUCGCAUAUUUAUUUUUAACUUUGCUUGUCUUUAGAACUGCGUGAGGAACAUGGUUGUAAUCAGUUUCUGCUACAGGAGAGCCACCUGGCGCGUGUUGCCAAGUUUGUUUUAAAUUCCAAACUGCAACAGUUCGGGAGAGGCUUUUACAGCGACGGCAGAGAGCCACACACAUGAACCGUUAGUCAUGGAGGUUCCUGUUGAAAUGAACCUGCCAUUUGAUAGGUCUAGCUGUACACCUGAGUCUUCUCCGGUUUAUUUUUGUAGAUUAGCAGUUCGACCUGUUCAGUAGCACUCAUUCACUUCGAGAAACGAAGACUGUUGUAUAUACCUGGAGGCGUCCGUUAUUCCGCUUGUCUUUGGAGUGGGUCUUUGGCACAGGGAGGGAAUACUUGUGUGACCCACUGGUUGCUCUAAUCAUGUUGAUAUGAAUCCUGCACGCAGUGAAAGAAAUGUCAGAUGAAAAAUAACUGGUGACUGAAUUUUUUUUUGUAUUAAAGAAAUGGGAAAAGAAUACAUGAAUCUGUUAAUAAAGCACUAUGAUCUGCAAAAUAUGAAAUGUUGCAUAAAGAUCUAAGGAAAUAAAGGACAUUUUUGAAACAG